UUACUCAAGAUUUUAGAUGUGGUCGGCUUUCGAAAUCUAUUGUCAGCCGUGAGGGAGGGCGCGUCCACUGCCAUCACUUGUCUCAGUUGUCACUCCCUGUCCACUCUUAUACUAAAUGGAGUCAUCAAUAAGGAGACAAUGGCUCUGGCUUUCCAUGAGGUGUGUCUUAUUCUGCAAUUAUCGUCGCCGCGAGUCUGUGUCGGACUCAUAGAGCAGAUGAAAGAGACGGUUCACUUCAUACGCCAAAACUCCAAACUCAAGUCAACAGAAGUCUGUGGAGUACUUCUAGGAAGUCAGUGCUUCAUUGGCCGAUCGGAACAUCUAUUUUGGAGACUAGACAUCCCUGGCGUUGACAACAUCUCUCAAAUGAGAGUCCAUUCCCGUAAUGGCAAUCGUGUGAACGCAAUGUCCCAAUCGACAAGACAGAUACUACACCUGACGGACAUUCAUAUGGAUCUGGAGUAUCAAAUAGGAAGUCAUAUUGAGUGUAAUGAACCCAUAUGUUGUCGAAGCAUACCCUUUAGCGACAAUUCCUCGACGAUCUCCGGCGAGGCAAACGUAAGCGCUGGCACGUGGGGCGCCUACCCCUGCGAUAUUCCCAUUCAUACGGUUGAAAAUGCUUUUAAAGAGAUCUCCAAAAAUAGUAAAAGUGUUGAUCUGUGGUACUGGACGGGAGACAUUGUGGCUCAUGAUAUCUGGCAGUAUAGUCGCGCCAGAAAUAUAGCACAUUUGCAAAUAAUCGCACAAUUUCUGCAUCAGUACACCAAUGGUAGUCGAAUUGUACCCGUAAUUGGCAACCAUGAGGCCGUUCCCAUCAAUUGUUUCCCGCCGCCAUCCAUUCAAAACUCGCACUCAAUCUCAUGGCUCUACGAGGCGUUGGCUCAACAGUGGACCAAAUGGUUGCCCGAAGAUGCCCUUCAUGGCGGUUAUUAUACAAUAGUAAUCAAUAAAGGCUUUCGUGUAAUCGUAUUAAACACCAACUAUUGCGCCCGACUUAACAUUUGGACGUAUUAUGAUUCAGUAGAUCCGGCCGACCAACUCAAAUGGCUCAUCAAAGAGCUGGUCAUAGCUGAACAAGAGGGCGAUUUUGUACAUAUUGUAGGUCACGUUCCCGUCGACAACCGGGAGUGCACUCAGGCCUGGGUUUACAACUAUCUCGAGAUAGUCGAGAGGUUUAGCGACACAAUUGUGGCCCAAUUUUUCGGUCACACCCACGCGGACGAGUUCAGAGUUCUCUACUCUAACCACAACUUCUCUAAACCUAUUGGCUUUGAAAUACUGUCGCCCAGUCUCACCACUUUCCAAACAUUCAACCCCUCCUAUCGCAUCAUAACUGUCACUCAU